AUGUCUCAACGUCAAAAGCUUCAAGGUUACGAAUUUUAUACGACAAUUCUGAAAAAUGCCAAAUAUUUCCUUGCCCCAAUGGUGGAUCAAUCAGAAUACGCGUGGCGGAUUCUAUCUCGCCGUUACGGAGCCCAAGUUUGCUACACUCCAAUGAUACAUGCAAAAAUGUUUUGCGAUGAAAGCAACAAACAAUACCAGAGUGAUGUAUGGUCUACAGGAUCGGAUGAUCGGCCCUUAAUCGUGCAGUUUUGCGCUAACGAUCCGGAAGUAUUGCUUAAAGCUGCUUUAAAGGUUCAGAAUCAAUGUGAUGCGGUUGAUCUAAAUUUAGGUUGUCCACAACACAUCGCCCGACGUGGUCACUAUGGUGCUUUUUUGCAAGACGAAUGGGAUUUAAUAUACAAAUUGAUAAACACGCUCCAUAGAAAUCUAACGGUUCCUGUGACAGCCAAAAUACGCAUAUUCCCAGAUGUGGAGAAAACAAUAAAAUAUGCAAAGAUGAUUGAGAGCGCGGGUGCACAAUUAAUAACUGUGCACGGUCGUGUUCGGGAUCAGAAAGGUCAUAAAACUGGAUUGGCGGAUUGGGAACAGAUUCGAAGAGUCAAAGAAGAAUUAAAAAUACCGGUAAUAGCCAACGGAAAUAUUCUCUAUUUCGAAGACAUUGAACGAUGCAUAAAUGCUACUGGCGUUGAUGGGGUUAUGUCUGCAGAAGGCAACCUUUACAAUCCAGCCUUUUUUUCAGGGACCAAUCCACCAGUAUGGAAGUUAGCAAGAGAAUAUCUAGACAUUUGUAAAUCUGUUCCCACUAAAAUUUCCUACAUACGGGCCCACCUCUUCAAGAUUUACAGGCCAACGCUUCCUUUCCAUGUAGACUUGAGGGAACAACUUAGCAAGGUCAAUACUCUCGAAGAGUUAUUUAAAUUAUCUGACGAACUUCAAAGUCGCCUAAUGAAAACACCAUCUGAGUUCACUGAAAACACUGAAAUACAUAAAGAUGAAAAUGGAUUUAAGAUAUUUCCUCAUUGGAUUUGUCAACCUAAUCUCCGUGCCACAAUGCCGGAAAGUAUUAAACCAAACCCAAAUAGUUUAGAAAUUGUAGACAAUAAAUCAUCGUCGCGAACCGAACAUCAUUCGAAUGAGGAUGCUUUAGACAUAUUCACCGAUCUCGAUCCAUUGAUGAAAAUCAAUGAACCAGAAUUACAUAAUGGAACGAACAAUUUAUCAGACAAAUAUCCUCAUACGACAUCUGAAAAAACUCGGAAUUCUGAAGACCUCGAGGCUGAUUUAGCACUAGAGCGAAAUUCGAAGAGAUCUAACAAGAAAGGUAGUUAA